CCAAAACGGUUAUUCGAUCUUGAUGGUUUCAUCUUAACUCCGAACAUAUAUAAUCAUGCUUUGAUCGGAACACAAUCUGAACAUUAACCUUCAUCAACAAUAAUACCUUAAUCAAGUUCAAGCAAAAACGAAUUCCUAGAAUGACCACUGCUGGUCUCACUCUCUUUACUUCGUAAGAAAGAUCAGUAUCAACGAUUCGUCAAAAUGAAGGCUGUCGAUGGAUCGAUUGAAUCGGGUGAGGAUAAAAGGAGAAGUACUUCAGUCUCACCCAAAGGGAAGAAGCGUAAAUUGGAAGAAGAUGAUCAUGUCGAAGCAUUGAGAACCAAACAAUUCUCCGAUAGUUCUAGACCGGAAAGUACUGGAUCGCCACAUCGACCUUCGUUCAGUAAAACGCCAGCAUCGCAAUCAUCUUCUAGUCUCCUUCGUGCUGCCGCUACAGGAGGUCCGGCAGAAGGUAGAGGACUACGUGGUGUUGAUGCAGAAGUCAAUACUGAGGCUGAUGAAUGCGGCUCAUUCAAAUUGCCAACGAUCAAAAGCCUAACCACACCAGGUGAACUUGGCUCAAACAAUACACCAAAUAAGAUGUGCAUUAGACAUCAAAGUAUGGCCGAUGAGGGUAAGACGGCAAAGCUACAAAAGUCAAUCGAAUCGUUGCCUCUUGCUGAUCAAACAGCAGUCAAUACGGUCUGGUCUUUGUUCUCGUCUUCGCCACAUCCACGACGAGCUCUGAUCCUUCAAGGUCUUUUGACGAUGUGCUGUUCCUCACAACUAUCGCUUUUAAGUCAAGAGCUCUCGUUAGCAAUUCGUUUGGAUCCUUUCGCUCUUUUCCCACGUGAGAUCAGUCUCAGGAUACUCAAACAUCUCGAUGCAAUGACUUUGGGCAGAGCAGCGCAAGUGUCUCGACAGUGGAAGAGCUUGGCAGACGAUGAUCUUUUAUGGCGAAACAUGUGCGAGCAACACAUCGAGCGGAAGUGCGAAAAGUGUGGUUGGGGCUUACCAUUGCUUAACGAAAGGAGAAAACGACUACAGGCACAGCCGACUCAAAGUGCUUCACAACAACGGACUUCACCACCGGACAACUCACAGAAAGAAGACGACGAGUUGAAACAAUCACCAGAAUCCCCGCAAGGUAAUUCAGCUCAAGGUGGUUCCCUAAAGAGAGCCGUCACAGCAGCGGCUAAUGCUGCUGCUUUGUCUAAGAAUGCUGCUCAUUCUCGUGGUAAUUCUCGCGCUCCAAGCCCAAGUCCCACUUCAGCUUACGAUCAGCCAUCUGUUGCACCAGCUACUCGACCAUGGAAGACAGUGUAUUGUGAACGGUUGGCGAUUGAACGUAAUUGGCGAAGAGGACGAUAUACCACAAAGGUUCUGACUGGACAUACAGAUGGUAUCAUGUGCUUGCAAUUUAGUGAAUCGCUCACUCAUCCUGCUUUCCCAAUUGUGAUUACUGGAUCGUAUGAUCGUACGGCACGGGUCUGGAAUAUGGAAACAGGUGAAGAAUUACGGGUAUUGAAAGGGCACACACGUGGAGUACGUUGCUUACAAUUCGAUGAAGCUAAACUGAUCACCGGCAGUAUGGACCGAACGCUGAAGAUUUGGAAUUGGAGAACGGGAGAAUUGAUGCGAACGUUGGAAGGACAUACGGAAGGAAUCGUUUGUUUGAAUUACAAUAAUCAUAUUCUAGCUAGUGGAAGUGCCGAUAGCAAUGUCAAGAUCUGGAAUUUCCGUAGCGGUGAAUGCUUUACCCUUCGCGGUCAUACAGAUUGGGUCAAUGCUGUAUUACUAUGGAGCGGAAAUGGUCGUGCAGGUAUCAAAAAUACACGUUGGGACGAUGACAAUGACGACGGCACAAAUUCAACAUUCUUGUUCUCUGCUUCCGAUGAUGGAACGAUUCGAUUGUGGGAUUUGCGCGCACGUGAAAGUCUGAUGAGCUUUGAUGGUCAUGUUGGACAAGUUCAAAGCAUCAAAUUGGUCAUGUUGGAUGAGACUGCAGUCCAUAAGCUUGUCAUCAAUGCAGCAGGCGGUGCAGGCGCAGAUCAAGCUGAAGAUAUUCAACGUCGUCAAAUGCAAGCUCAAAGAAGUCAAGGCAAUGUAGAAGUGGAAAAUCAGGCAAAUCAAGCAGGUUCAUACUUUGUCAAUCCGUCAAACGGAGAAGCUGCUAUUGAAGGUGCACCUGCUAACGCAAACAAUGUCAGCUGUGGAUACAAUCCACCAGCUGUACCUGGGGGUAGAACAGCAGGCUCAGGCUCCGCACCAGCAAUACCUGAUCGUUUCCAAGAUACGACCGCCUCAUCCAUCUUUCAACCAAGCAACAUCAAAACUAAACCCAUCAAGACUGGCGAAAAGAUUGAUGAGAGUUUGCUGUUGUUGCAAAAACGACUUUACGAGGCUGGCUUGGUGGAAGAAUUGCCAUUGGACGCAGAUAUGACUGAUCUGGAAGGACCUCUGUCGCCAUUCUGGAACGGAAACCAGCAAAAAGCCAACCCCAAUUCUCAUCAUGCUCCUCAACGUCCAAUCUUGAUCUCUGCCUCUUUGGACAAUACGAUCAGAUUAUGGUGUGUUCGAACGGGUAGAUGCAUUCGUACCUUGUUCGGACAUACAGAGGGAAUUUGGAGUUUAAGUUUGGACAAAUUACGUAUCGCAAGCGCAAGUCAUGAUCGUUGUAUCAAAACGUGGGAUACGGACACGGGCAUGUGUAAGCAAACAUUUGUUGGACAUAGAGGUGCAGUAACAUGUGUCCAAUUAGGAGAUGAUAAAAUCGUCAGUGGAAGUGAUGAUGGCGAUUGUCGGAUUUGGAGUUUUGCCCCAGCGCCAAUUUCGUGAGAAAAACAAAAAAGAGAAACACAAAAAUCAAUUUCGCCUUUUUCGUUGUACUACUACUCUAUACUUGUGAUCACUAUUUCUUUUCGGUCGAUCGGUUUUCUGUUUUUGGUCCAUACCCCCUUCUAAAACAUUACCUUUGAGAAGAAACAACGCUAAUAAUCAUAAACCAAAAUUUUACGCUUUUGUAUUUGUAUAGUCUCUGCUUCAUCAAUAGUAUCUUGUGACA